GGGCACUUCGCGCAGGCGCUCUGUGGUCCUUGCGCCUUGUGGGGCCGCUGCGAGCCGGCUGGCACCCAAGGUACUGUUAUAUCACAGAUUGUCUCCCUAUCAGGCCCAGAGAUGAGUACGACUAGAGACUCUUCAUCCUAUUCCAGAUGUAUAGUUACUCUGUGGAGUCUGCCUUCACUUUCUGAUAUUUGAGUGCUGACAGCUUUUUCCCCUUGUGUCCCACACCUGGACAAGCUGAUAAGGAAGCCUGAAUGCUCUCUUCCUGGGCAUUGGCAAGAGAUUCACAUCACACAGACCCCUUCCUGUGGGCAUGUGGGAAUGCUCAUUCUGGCCCUAACCACAAUAAAAACCCAGUCUCCUUUCCUCACUCAAGCCAUUUGGGACCUGCUUAAGGGGCUUGCCCUGAUCUCUCCAAGAGACCUCAGUUAUCUUAGCCAACUCUGGCCUGGGCCUUUUCCAAGAGAAUAUAGAAGAGGAGAGAAUGGCAGCUGUGCCCGUAACAGCCAGAUGGCAGAAGUCUCUUAAAUUUAAGGAUGUGGCUGUGAAGUUUUCAAAGGAUGAGUGGAAGCAACUGGUCCCUGCUCAGAGGGCUCUUUACAGGGAAGUGAUGCUGGAGAACUAUCAGGAUUUUGUUUCUUUGGCAGGACUUCUAGUUCCUAAACCUGAUGUGAUUUUCCAGUUGAAGAGAGGUGACGAGCCAUGGAAUUUUGAUUUUCAGGAAGAUGAAGAAAGAGAAGUCCCAGCAAACACUUUUCUAGACCAGAAUGCUAGACUUGAGAGCCAGAACUCAACUCAAAGGCAGGAUGUUUCUAAAAAAGCAAAGUCACAAAAGAUAUUAACGGAAAAACUCAGAAAAGGUGGUCCUCUGGUUCCUGUACUUGGCCCAGAAAACCUCAAGGGCACCAGGAAAGAACAUCUUUCAGGGAAGACUUUGAAGAGAUCCUCCCCCAAGGAGGAGGACUCGCAAAGAUCCACUCCUGCCAAGAAAACCAACAAGAAGGGGAAAAACUUUGAAUGCACUGUAUGUGGGAAGACCUUAUAUAACCACUUAUCCCUCACUCGUCAUCAAAGGACACACACUGGCGAGAAGCCCUAUAACUGUCAAGAAUGUGGGAAAGCCUUCAGCUAUAGGAGUAGCCUUAAGAAACACCUGAUGUCUCACACUGGGAAGAGUCCCUUUGAGUGCAAUGAAUGUGAGAAAACUUUCUAUGACCGGCUGACCCUUACUGAACACCAGCGAACUCAUACUGGAGAGAAGCCCUUUAAAUGUCACGAAUGUGGUAAGGCUUUCUUUGUCCGCUCAUCUUUUACUCGCCAUCAGAGAAUUCAUACUGGAGAAAGUCCUUAUAAGUGUACAGAAUGUGGGAAAUCCUUUACCCAGAAAAGCAUCCUCGCUCGUCACAAGCUCACUCACACUGGAGAGCGGCCUUAUGAAUGCAAGGGGUGUGGCAAAGCCCUGUUUGACCGCUCCUCCCUCAUUCGCCACCGGAGAGCCCACACAGGAGAGACUCCUUUUGAAUGUAAUGAGUGUGGGAAGGUUUUCUUUGACCGCUCAUCCCUUAAUCAGCAUCAGAAAAUUCAUAAUGGAGACAAGCCCUAUAAAUGCAAUGAAUGUGGGAAAGCCUUCCUUCAGAAGAGACCACUUACACAGCAUCAGAGAGUACACACUGGGGAGAAGCCCUAUGAAUGCAGUGUGUGUGGGAAGGUGUUCAGUUGCAAGUCCUCUAUCAUCCAACAUCAGCGACGUUAUGCCAGGCCGACUUCAGAGUAUCAUAGAGGUGCUUCAGGCCAGCAAGGGACUCCCAUAGAGACUUAAGAUGCUUUUGCUCAAGAUAAUG